AUGGCAGACACAGAGACUACUUGGCUUUCGUUUAUCGUUGGCAUUUUGGUGUCCGUAAUCGCUAGUAUAAUGAACGCUGCCGGUCUAAACUUGCUAAACUUGGACCACAUAAAAAACUCUGAACAACCGGCUGAGCGUCAACGCAACGAAUGUGGUCGUCCUUUGUGGCAUGUUGGCUUGUACCUUUACGUCCUCAGUCAGCUGUUUGGAAGCACGAUUGCACUAUACUUUUUGAAAGCACAGUGGGUUGCUCCGCUCGGGUCGGUUGCACUCAUUUUCAACUUUGUAUUCGCACGGGUGCUGGUCGGCACGCGCAUUACAAAGAAGGAUAUCAUUGGCACUCUUGUCGUCAUAGUCAGCGUAGUAUGGAUCGUAGUGUUUGGUGGGCAAGGCUCGGAUGAUUCCA